AUGCUAUUAAUUAAAAUCAAAUAUAAAACAGCACAACUAACAAAAAGUAAAUAGAAAAUGUUUUAAUAAAUUAAAAUUAAAUUGAGGAUGAAUUGGUUAAAUAAAAUUUAAUAACUGAAAAUCAAAAUAACAAUAAAAAUACAGCAUAAAAUUAUGAAGUUAGCCAAAAUUUAAAAAGUGAAAAUUAGUAAAAAGUUAAGUAAAUUGUAAAAUAGGAUAUCAAUAUUGAACUUGAAAAGAAAGAUUAGUAGCAAAUUUCUAAUUUCUAAAUAACAAAAGUAAGUUUAAAAAGCCUAGACAAUAUUUAAAACUAUUAAAUUAUUCCUGAAAACAAAGAUAAUCAAAAAACUGAUAACUUCAUUAGCAUUCAAGGAAAAUUCUAAGAAAACUCUUCAAGUAGUUUAUAAAAUAUAUAAAAGCAAGAAAAUUAAGCAGAUAAUCCUCGAAUAAGCAAUCAGAUAUAAUUUGAUUAAUUAAAUACUGUAUCGCUUUAAAAUAAGGAGCAACAUUAAAAUUAAAUUGAUUUUAAUAUGA